UCAAUAAUUGUUCAGUAAUCACCUGCCUCACAGUGGCCUCUUCUCCUGCCUGAGAAAAAGAGAGGGAGGAAAUAUUUGGAUUAUCUGUGUGGGCUCCUGAAGCUGCCUGAACAUGAAGACGCUUAUUAAAAUAGUGUCCUGCUGUCUGAUUAUCUUUCAACUAACUGAUGGAAGGAAAUUUCGGGGUUACAGAGCAGAUACCGAAUCCGGAGAGAGGGUGAAGAUGCCCUAUGAACCUAAAUCAGUCUUCAGGCUUUACACCGACGACAUAGAGGAUACAUGUACAGUGGAGCUCUUCGAGCCUCACACUCUGGACGCUUGCGGUUUCAACAGCAGCCAUCCUCUGGCUAUCAUCAUUCAUGGCUGGUCGCAGGUGGAUGGGAUGAUGGAGAACUGGAUUGAGAGGUUGGCAUCAGCGCUAAAAAGCUCAGAAGAAGGCAUCAAUGUAGUGAUUGCGGAUUGGCUGACUCUGGCACACCAUCACUACCCUAUAGCGGCUCAGAACACACGCAUUGUGGGGCAGGAGAUUGCUCACCUGCUGAGGUGGCUAGAGGAUUUCAAACAAUUUCCUUUGGGAAAAGUGCAUUUGAUUGGCUAUAGCCUUGGAGCUCAUAUAUCUGGGUUUGCUGGGAGUAACCUAGCUGUGUCUGGAAAAACCUUGGGAAGAAUUACCGGUUUGGAUCCUGCGGGUCCAUUGUUUGAGGGAAUGUCUCAUACAGAAAGACUCUCACCUGAGGAUGCUAGGUUUGUGGAUGCCAUCCACACAUUUACCCAAGAGCGCAUGGGGCUCAGUGUGGGCAUCCAACAGCCUGUUGCCCACUUUGACUUCUAUCCCAAUGGAGGAUCAUUUCAACCCGGGUGCCAGCUGCACAUGCAAAACCUUUAUGCACAUUUAUCCCAGUAUGGGAUUAUGGGUUUUGAGCAGACAGUGAAGUGUGCCCACGAGCGCGCAGUGCAUCUCUUCAUUGACUCCCUGCUGAACAAAGACAAGCAGAUUAUGGCCUACAAGUGCAGCAACAACGCGGCUUUCGAUAAAGGCUACUGUCUGGACUGCCGAAAGAACCGCUGUAACACGUUGGGUUAUGACAUUAAGAAAGUCCGCACCGGCACAAGCAAGAGACUGUUUCUUAAAACCCGUUCACACAUGCCCUACAAAUUGUUCCACUAUCAAUUCAGGAUCCAGUUCAUCAACCAGACUGAUAAGAUCGAGCCCACCCUCACUGUCUCUCUAACUGGGACGCUGGGAGAAAGUGAAAAUUUACCCAUAACACUAGUUGAGGAGAUUUCAGGUAACAAGACUUUUACGUUCCUCAUCACUCUGGACACUGACAUCGGAGACCUGAUGAUAAUGCGCUUUACCUGGGAGGAGGGGAGCCCUGUGUGGGCAAACAUGUGGAGCACGGUUAAGACCAUGAUGCCUUGGGCCAAAAGCAGCAGAGGACCACAGCUCACAGUGGGGAAGAUCACAGUGAAAGCUGGAGAGACCCAGAGGAAAACAACGUUUUGUCCACAGACAGAUGAGGGCGUUUUUAUCGAGCCGUCGCAGGAGAAAGUGUUCGUGCGCUGUGAAAAGAACCGCGAGAAGCCGCGGCAGAAACAAAGGACGAUGAAGACGACGAAGCGCGACUAAAACAAACUCACUUCACACAUGAGAUCGUGCCUUCACAGGCUUUGAGACUUAUGGGACCGGGGGGUUUGGAGGGUAAUAAAUGCGUAAUGUUUCUAACCUUUAUUUUUUUUUUAUGUGAAAUUAAAGAACGACCAAGUAUGCGAGGAUCUUGUUAUUAUGGUUUUCGUAUAUCAGACAUUUUUUUUUACAUUUCACUGUACGCCAACUUACCAGAGCUCCACAAGCCCUCGUUCGAAAACCCCGCCCUGAAAUGUAGAUUGCGAGCAUUUUGAUUGGCUAAAUGGCACGGGCCGCUCCCUUCACUCUGUGUUGGUGAAACUUGCCGCUUUUCAAAUCCGACUCGAAGGCCCUUCAGAGUCAGAACAGUCACCAUACUGGCCGUUUCUCAAACGGAAGGCUGGUUUAUUUCAGUUAACUGAGCGUUACAUUCACGAGUCAUCAGCAUAAUGCAACAAUUUACAGUUUAUUAAGAAUAAUGGUCAGAUUUCUAAUUGUUAAUAUCAUAAAAUAAGAACAUCUUUAUGAGGUCUGCAGCCUACAAAUGCCACGCCCGGAGGAUGCAGUCUUCAGUUUGAGAAACCAUUGAGGGGUCGUUCCAAACUUAAAGGGGUCUUUGGAAUUGAACGAGUUCUAAGGAUACAGAAACUUCCACGAUUCCUUGCACAGGUUUAAUUGUGCGCAAAUUAUAGGCUACCUUAGUUGGCUUUAGUUAACUUUGUUGGUACCAAGCACUUGAGCACUGUUAAGAACUGCCUUUAUUUUUUUAAAUAUAUUAGGACUCUUUUUAGGCUCCCAGUCCCAAAACUUAGAUUAUUAUUAAAAAAAUUAUUUGCUCAACCUCCAAGCAAACACCUGUGCAUUUGUUUGUUGUAGAUAGCUAUCAUCAAAGUAGUUCUGCUUGAAAUAAAAUGUUUAUGUUU